AUGGUCUGGCAGUUAUUCAGUGUUGAUUCGUCAUAUGUCAUCCCCACAACCGAUCUUGAAUGGCGUUGGUAUGAAACAGCUGUUGCUUUAUGCCCUUACACAGGCUGGCCCCUUGAGCCACUUUAUAUAAAUCUGGCGCGCUUUCUUGACAAGGUUAUCGUCCGCGCAUGUGUGGUUUCCAAGUCUGACAAAGUGGGUAGACUUAAAAGAGACCGAAAAGCUGAGAUGAUCAGAUCUCACAAGCUCCGAAACAUUGAGCUCGGUCACUAUCGCACCAUCAUUACUGUGCUGAUGCGAAUAUUUGACGUGGAGAAUGUGCAUGUGGACAUCGCAGCCAUCACUACUCGUCUACUGGAUCAUUUACCAAGGAGAUUAAAGAGACUGAGUAGCGAUUAUCCAAGGAUAAUCAGUUACCUUGAGUAUCUUGCUAAGGGAGGUUGGCGAACUCCUAAAGAGGAUCAGUUUAUUGCCAACAUUUACAUAUUGCGCUCGGGUUGCUUUGGCGAGCUCAAGAAUAAUGUAUUAGAGGCUCACGAAAGGGAAGAAUGGUCAAAGAUGAAGGAAUUCUGUCAAGAAAUUGUGGACAAACGCAAUUCUCUCGCUUCCUUUUGGCGUGUCAAAGCUAAAUCCUUGAAAGUUCAAAACUUCGAAGUCUACAAAGCCCUUCUACACCAGGAAUUCGGAGAAAAUAUUGGUAUGCUUACUAUGUGCAGAAAUUGGCAACUCAUUAAGCAAGUCCAGGGUGAUGCAGAGAGAUUGCGCGCUCCUUGGCAAGUCGGGCAGAAGGGAGAGUCCGCCAAUGAAGUUGAGCCUCGUAAUGAGGAAUUUAUCCAAGCGGUUUUGACAGGAGAAAACUCAGAGUUGUUCGAGAUGUCAGAUAUUGAGAUACCUGGUGAUGGGUUGAAUUUCGAAUCGAUAAAAGAUCUCAGCCUGGCUGCGAUUAUGAGCACGGAUAUGGAUAUCUCCUCUGAGGAUGCUUGCUAUUUGAUGAAUAUUCCAGUCCAAACGAUGCGCGUUUUCAUCAAGGCCCUUGUCCCGGAAUUUGUCUGGGAGGAUCUGGGGAAGAACUUUAAAAAGACUAUGCAGCAUUUGUUAGCUCUGCCUGCCACAAAUCAGGUGAAUAGUCGGCCUAGUGAGGCUCUUUUGGGACUGGGGGAGAGCAGGAAGCUGUAG